AUGUGUCAAGUCAAGCUCUCCAUCUGCGUCCACUGCGCCAAAGUCUUCGGGGCCAGGAUGAAAUACUGCGAUACGGUCCGGGCCACCAUGUCAGUCAUGGACAACAGCCCGUUCGAAAUCACGUCGUCGUUCAAUUGGUCCCCCAUGGAAGGGUGUACCGGGCUGCAGAUCUAUCACACGGCAAAUCUCGACGUGUGUAAGGACGACACGCCCAGACCCGAAGCGCCAUUUGAGCGGCCUGCUGCGGCGAGACCGAGCGCCAGGAGUCCUUACCCAACGCCAAUAACGAUCCAGCGGGCGGAGCUUCGAGAGCAGCUCCCCUCUCCUCCUGGGAUCCGAAGACAUCGGACAGCGGCUUCUGUGCCGCAGGAGUCGGAUUUUCAACCGCAAAUGCAACUGCAGAUUCAGAUGCAAGCCGAGCCCUCGCCGGGAGAAACGCCGACAGCUGGUUCGCCGAACACAUCGUGGUCGGGCUCGACUGUAUCUUAUUACUGA